CCAGCUAGUGCUAGAGCGAAUAAUAACGAAAACAGUUGUUCAAACAGAAAGACCUAAUGAGCAAAACCGUGACAAGGAAGAUAUUCUCCCGAUGUACAUCUCCGGACCAUAUCCGGAUAUCUCGUAAAACUUUUGGCGAUAAGUCUUCUGAUGCGAAACCAGCACCAGAGAUGGCUUAAAAGUGGUAUUGGAGUUUUGGAGAUGGUGUGCAGUCAGAGGAAUAAUCGAACGCAAGAAAAGUCCAACUGGCUGUGUGCACUGAUCAAAAUACACGGCAAAUGAACGAGUUGUAAGAAUGCUGCAUCGAUCCAGCUGCAAGGAAUACGUUAAACUAACGGUGCAGAAUCCGAGGUCGGCAGGAACAUCUUGCCUCGUUGUGCAUCAAAAAACAGGCCAUAGGACGAUUCUUCAUCAAUAUCGCUAUCGAGGGAUCGGCUGCGAGAUCCAUCACUACGAGCUACGUCGUCAAAGUUGCCAUUGCAAAAGAAUCUCACCAUCCCCGUCCGGCAGAGAACAUUUGUAUCGGAGGUCUCGCAUCGGAUGAUUUUAAGGCAAACAACGUUAUCUUAAUUUACGAAUAUGCGCGCCCUAGCCGCAGAUAUGGCCAACAGCAUGGGCGGAACGGAUGGGGUCCAGUUUCUCAAAGUAUCAAGCGCCAUUUUUUACGGUGUCUCGUCGUUCCUAAUUACGGUUGUAAACAAAACCGUACUAACCAGCUAUCGAUUUCCGUCGUUUCUUGUGCUCAGCUUGGGCCAACUAACGGCAAGUAUCGUCGUACUGUUCGUGGCCAAGCGACUCGGCCUCGUUAAGUACCCUGAUUUCAGCCGCGACAUCGCUCGGCGCAUAUUUCCGCUUCCGCUCAUCUACCUCGGCAACAUGAUGUUCGGGUUGGGUGGAACACAAGCCCUCAGUCUGCCAAUGUUUGCCGCCUUGCGCCGCUUUUCCAUACUCCUUACCAUGUUGCUCGAAUUGCUGGUGCUCGGCAUUCGACCGACACUCGCGGUAAAGGUGAGCGUUUUCGCAAUGGUGGGUGGCGCCCUAAUGGCCGCGCUGGACGAUCUAUCCUUCAACCUGCAAGGCUACCUAUAUGUGAUGAUCACCAACACGUUAACCGCUGCCAACGGUGUAUAUAUGAAGAAAAAGCUGGACACAGCCGACAUGGGCAAGUACGGACUGAUGUACUACAACUCACUGUUCAUGGUUCUACCUGCGUUCUUCGGAACGUGGCUAGCCGGUGACCUGGACCGAGCAUGGCAGUAUGAUGGCUGGAACGAUCCACUGUUUGCCGGUCAAUUCCUACUGUCGUGUGUGAUGGGCUUCGUUCUGUCGUACAGCAUCAUCUUGUGCACCCAGCAUAACUCUGCCCUCACGACAACGAUCGUCGGUUGCCUCAAGAACAUCAGCGUAACUUACAUCGGCAUGUUCAUCGGGGGUGAUUACGUGUUCUCGUGGCUCAAUGCCAUCGGCAUCAACAUAAGUGUUACUGGGAGCCUGCUCUACACAUACGUCACCUUUCGUAAGAAGCCGAGCAGCGGUUCUGGGAGUGGUUCCGGAGACACCAACUCCGCAGACAAGAAAUUGUUGUUACCCGCCGGUGGUCGGAUCGAUAAUGUUUAAGAUAGAUUUCUGCAGGGGCAUAAGAGGCGAUAAGUUUUAUCGCCGAAGGAUCAUAGCAUAAUUAACAAAACCAAAGGGACAAACGGGCGGGCAUAUAUAUUUAUAAAGGCGCAGAUGAGGCCAACAGCAUCCUAAUUGUGUGGUCAGUGAAGUAACCAGUGCAGUAGCCAGUUCACCAUCUCCGCAUAGUGAUAAUUAUGUACAGUUUAUCUUAGCGAUCGAACGGAUAGAUAUUUUUCCCAAGCACCUCGUGACAACGGAAAAGUAUUCAAAAUCACUGUACACAUAUUUGCAAUUCAGGUGUGAUGCGUUUGACCACUCAGUCGAUUUGAUAUUAAACAUACGCGAACAAACAAUACACUAUUCGACAUUACUUUAAUUUAAUGUAUUUCAGUUUACGUGUACGUGUAGCGUGGACCGUGUUUUAAUGCAUACCACAAUCGUGUAGAAUUGAAUAUA